AUGCCAAGCCUGAGUGUAUCGAACUUCAGCAGUGAUGUUUGGAGCAUGCGAGUGAGGAAGUCAGAAUUCAUCUCACUCUUCACCCUGCAUGCGUACAACAACAUGAUUGCAGAUGGCGACACCACAGCGGCGGUGGUUCAGGUGGUGGAUGUAGCACAAAGACUGCAGAAACAGGUUCAGGUCCAAUAUGUGGAGAAGCAGGUUGAGGUCCCGCACGUCCAGUUUGUCGACAAGGUUGUGGAGGUGCCAGAAGUGCGCACGGUAGCGUUUGAGGAGCUUGCAGGGCCUGUGCAUCCCUACUCGCCUACGUCACUUGUCCAGUUUGACGGCUCCAUGAGCCCAAUGCGCCCAGUGGGUGCGCGCUUGUCUUUUGGCUCAGCCCGCUCACCCUACACAAUCCGCUCUGUUCCUUCGACUCCUGCCGAACCUGUUGAAAGCACGGGUUUGGAGAUGGAUGGGAGUGAUGAGCGAAAAGCCUAG